GAGAGAUCGGGGAGGGAUGGGGAGGCCAGAGACGAGGCGAAGCUGGUGCAAGCGGCACCCGAAGCACCCACAGUCGACCGGAGUUUGCCCCUUCUGCCUCCGGGAGAGGCUCUCUCGCCUCUCCCAAUGCUCCUCCUCCUCUUCCUCUUUUGUAGCCUACAUCUCUUCUCCAUGGGCCCAUUCAUCGUCUUCCUCGUCCAGCUCCGACAACCCAUCUUCUUCUGCCUCCUCACCGCCGCGCCACCGUGACGUGAAGAGGGCGAGGGUCUCCUUUCUUCUCAAACGCGACACAGCGGCGAGCAGUGCACUGAUGAAGAGCCGGUCCCUGGUGGUCGUCGUCGGAAGUCGUGAGGAUGAGGAGAAAGAAAAGGAGACAGAUGUAGGUAAAGGAAAACAGAAGGAGAAGGUGGAGAAGAAAGACAAGUUUUGGUCAUGGCUGCUCAGUGGUUCAAAGAGGAGACAGAAGAAGGAGGGUAAUGGAGACUCGCUGCGCCCACAGACCUUCAAAGAGAAGCCUUCAGCGAAGUGGAUCUUAUUCUCCUAAAACACAAGUCGUUCUCUACAUGUUUGGCUACUACUAGCAUUAAGUUCUUUUAAUGUCUUCUUCUUGUUGACGUAUGCGUUAAA